CAAAGUUGAGGCCUAGCGCAUCUCUGUCUCCCAUUCUUGUUCCCCACGCCAGUUUAUAAACACAAAACAUUUUCAACGUUAAUCAGAAAACCAAAGCAAAACAAAAUGGAAAGCAAAACAAACUACUUGCCGGUCUUGGCCAUAUGCAUGUGCUUGAUUAUAGCGCACGGUGCGGCGGAAGAAAAAAUAGGCAAGGAGCUAAUAAAGAGCAUAUGCAAAAACAGGGGAAACGAUGAAUUGUGCAUGCAGGUGCUUUCCUCGGACCCAGAUAGUGAUCAUGCGGACCUACAGGAGCUGGCAUUGAUAUCGCUGAAGGCGGCGGCAUCAAACGCGAGCGGCAUACUAAAUGAUUGUAAGAGAAUGAUCGACAACCAAGAUUUGGAACCUAAGAUUCAACAGGGGUUGGCUGAUUGCAAAGAGAAUCUGUUGGACGCAGAGGGCCAAAUUCAGGAUGCUGUUGCGUCCAUAUUGAACAAUGACAAGCUUGAUGCUCAGGUAUGGCUCAAGGCUGCAUUGGCUGCGAUUGAUACAUGUGACGAUUCUAUCCCCGGGGACGAUGAUGUUCUGUCUAGAAAGAGUGUGUCGUUUCGCCAAUUGUGCAACAUUGCCGUCGCCAUCAACAAGGCCAUGUUGGCCGCUCGUACCUAAAUUCUAACAUGUUUGCUCCUCUCUCUCGUUAUGAUGCUAUAUUUUUUUUUUCUUUCUUUCUUCACAAUUACGCAAGUCCCGGGGAUUUGAUCUACAAGGUGGUUUUGAGUUUUUUAGUUAGGUGAGAGAGAAUAACUAGCGUUGUGUUGAAUUGGGUGUUUGGAUUGAAUCAUGCAAGCACGAAUAUGUUGUGUUAGAAUAAUGCACAUCGAGAGUGUUAGAGCAGAGUUUUCCUUUUUUUUUUUUUUUCAGAAGCUGUAAAAAAGAAAAUCUUAUAAGGAAGUCGUUCGGGUUUAUUUUGUA